CAUUUUCACACCUCUCUCUCUCUCAUGGCCAAAGGUGGAGGAAAACUAAUGAAGCUCAAGUCAGUGCUCAAGAAAUGGAACUCAUUCGGCAACAUCACCACCACCACCACCACCAAUAAGCAGAGCCGUUGCAGCGCCACCGUGAGCGCCGUAGCUAACAACGAACAAUCCUCCGUGUCGGAAGCCGAUUUCCAGCCAGUGUAUGUGGGGAAGACGUUGCGGAGAUACUUGGUGAGGCCGGACGUGGUGGAGCAUCCACUUUUCCGAGAGCUCGUGGAUAGAUCACGUGAGUCCUACGACGACAACAACUUCGUCGUCGUGGAGGAGGACACUGUCCACGUGGCAUGCGAGGUCGUGCUGUUCGAGCACCUGCUUUGGAUGCUAGAAAACGCUGAUCCUCAACCUGAGUCACUCGACGAGCUCGUCGAAUUCUAUACUUGCUAGCCCGGUUUUGAAUUUAUUCAUCUUUAAUUUCUCAGGACAUUGCAGCAUUUACGGCUACUAAAAUUAUAUAUAGCUGUAUAAAAAUGUCAAUUGCACACAAAAAUAUUAGUUAACAUGUAUUUUGUAUAAAUACAUGUAGUGUUUAAUUUAUUUUUAAUGUUAUUUUGUAUUUUAAUAUGUAUUAUGUAUUAUAUAUGAAUAGCUAAUUUAAUAUCUAUUUUUCGUUAUCGCCUAGUAUGAUUUCGUUUUGCAUGGCAGGGCGCCCACAGUUUUGCUUGUGGCGCA